GUGUAGUCGUGGUGGCGGCUUCACACUCAAAUUUCUUCCACGUGUAUGUCUGCGAUUGGUUUCCACAUCCUUUUCAUUUCAUACCUCCCCCUCAGCUAAUCAAAGUCCUCAUCUUGACCUCCCUAUAAAACUGGAAAAGAGCACGUAAGUUUCCAAGUUUGUAGCUGUCGAAUUAUAUAAUCAAUCAAUCGAUUAAUCACUGAAUUGAUUCAAUGGCUGAGAAGGCAUUCAAGUACGUGAUCAUCGGUGGUGGAGUCGCUGCCGGUUAUGCUGCCAGAGAAUUUGCCAACCAAGGAGUUAAGCCGGGUGAAUUGGCUAUCUUUUCCAAAGAGGCGGUGGCUCCUUAUGAACGUCCAGCACUCAGCAAAGCAUAUCUGUUUCCUGAGGGAACUGCAAGACUUCCAGGUUUUCAUGUGUGUGUUGGAAGUGGAGGAGAGAGGCUUCUUCCUGAGUGGUAUGCAGAGAAAGGGAUAUCUUUGAUCCUCAACACAGAAGUAGUUAAAGCAAAUCUUGCUUCAAAAACACUUAUCAGUGCAGCUGGCGAAACAUUUAAAUAUCAGAUACUGAUUAUAGCGACUGGUUCUACUGUUGUCAGAUUAUCAGACUUUGGUGUACAAGGGGCUGAUGCUAAAAAUAUUUUUUAUUUGAGAGAAAUUGAUGACGCUGAUAAACUUGUGGAAGUAAUCAAAGCAAAGAAAAAUGGAAACGCACUGGUUGUCGGUGGUGGAUACAUUGGUCUUGAGCUUAGUGCAGCUUUGAAAAUUAACAACAUUGAUGUCAGCAUGGUGUACCCUGAACCUUGGUGUAUGCCUAGGCUAUUCACUGCCGAGUUAGCUGGCUUCUACGAAGGUUACUAUGCAAACAAGGGUAUCAAAAUCAUCAAGGGGACGGUAGCCACUGGAUUUGGUACAAACGAAAACGGAGAGGUUACAGAUGUAAAACUUAAGGAUGGUAGGGUUAUGGAAGCCGAUAUAGUUGUUGUUGGUGUAGGUGGAAGGCCAGUAACAAAAUUAUUUAAAGGUCAGGUUGAAGAGGAAAAGGGUGGAAUCAAGACGGAUGGUUUCUUCAAAACAAGUGUUCCUGAUGUAUAUGCUGUGGGUGAUGUUGCUACUUUCCCUAUGAAGUUGUACAAUGAAAUGAGAAGAGUUGAACAUGUUGAUCAUGCUCGCAAAUCUGCUGAACAAGCUGUAAAGGCAAUUUUCUCAUGUGAACAAGGAAACUCUAUUGAUGAAUACGACUACCUUCCAUUCUUCUAUUCCCGUGCAUUUGAUCUGUCUUGGCAGUUUUACGGUGACAAUGUAGGUGAAACCGUGUUCUAUGGAGAUGGCAGCCUUACAUCUCCAACUCACAAGUUCGGAUCAUACUGGAUCAAAGAUGGGAAAGUUGUUGGUGCAUUUUUGGAAGGUGGUACUCCCGAAGAAAACAAGGCAAUUGCUAAAGUCGCAAGGGUUCAGCCUCCAGCACACAGUUUGGAUCAGCUAGCCACAGAGGGUCUCACCUUUGCCUGUAAAGUUUGAAGGAAACACGUCGCAAACCAUGUUGCUUAAUCCCUGAGCUAGUACAAAAAUUCAUGCAUUACAUUAUUUGAGACUGUGUUACCAGAGUUUGGGCCUGUUAAUUAUGGCCUAGGCCAGAUUUAGGAGACCCACAGUAAUUCAAUCCUCUCUGCUACUUAUGGAAUGUAAAUCUGUGUCUUCAGAUUCUUGACAUUGUUAACCAUUUCUGUUGAAAGGAAUAAAUCGGAUCAAACGAAGUUUCUCUUA